UAUCCUGCUGGAAUGAAAAACAACAUCAAGACAUUUGGCCCUUUAAAGGCAGGUCCAUUUUUAGUCAGCCUAAAAAAGGCAAGUCAGCCUAAAAAAUUAAAGCUCUGUUCACAUUUGCACCGAGCAAGAAAGUUCACUGAGUGACUUCCACCAGUUCCCCUCUUUAAGUUCCAACAAUCCAUCUUUCCUCAGGUAGCCAUGGUGGAGGUACAGCUGGAAGAUUACGACUACCCAUGGCAGCUACUGGUGGCCUUCAGCGCCUGUACAACAGUGCUGGUGGCCGUCCACCUCUUUGCUCUCAUGGUCAGCACUUGCAUCUUGCCCAACAUCGAAGCCGUCAGUAACAUCCACAACCUCAACUCGGUCAAUGAGUCUCCCCACGAGCGAAUGCACCACUAUAUUGAGCUGGCUUGGGGCUUCUCCACGGCCUUGGGGAUCUUCCUCUUCCUGACUGAAGUGGUGUUGAUCUGCUGGGUCAAGUUUAUGCCUGUCGGCAACAUGGGGACUAGCAGAAAGUGCUGUGCUCCAGAAUUGGUCCACGAUGGUAACGCCACAGUCUCUACAGACAGCUCCGGCUGGAAUGCUGCUAUGGCCUCCACGGUUAUUAUGGUUCCAGUUGGCGUCGUGUUCAUUAUCUUUGCUUUGCAUUUCUACCGCUCCUUGGUGGGGCACAAAACUGACCGGCACCAGCAAGAGCUAGAAGAACUUAACCAGAUCAAAUAUCAGUUGGACGGAGAAGCCACUGCUCUGCAAGUAGUGUGAAUCGGCAGCCUCAUGUGAACUGCAACUGGCAUGAACCUUUAGAGGGAAAGGCCCUGUCAGUUGUAUCCUGAUUUUGUCUCGAUGGAGCAACUGUUAAGUAACUGCCACUGUUGGAAUUUAACCCAAAAGCUGUGAUGGUUUUGCAGGUUCCCUUGUGUUGACCCCAACGUUCAACAACAUUUGUUUGCAUGUCCUGGGAAAUCAUUUUUAAACCCAGGACAACGUGUUAAAACGGGCUUCUCCUGAAAAGCAGGGGUGGAAAUCGGGGGAGCCUUCCCUGGGGAGCUUCUCCAUCUGGUAGACUUUUGAUCAUUGGGGGGAAAAAAGGACAGUUUGAGUCUCUCCAGUGGGUGAGACUGUUGCUUUGUUCUUUAGCUGCAACCGAUUCAAACUUGGUUUUCUGCAGAACUGGAAAAGAGAACCAAAAGAUCUUUGGUAUUGCUGAGAUUUCAAAAUGGGUGGAUUUCAAAAGGUUAGUGCGGUCCACUCAUUUGGUCUUUUGCUUCUCUUUUCAUCUCUCUACAUCUGGUAAGAAUGGUAGAGCUCGCCAAACAACAUUGGUUGGGCUAACCUUUGAGCAGGUGUUGAAGCCAUGACAUCCCAAGAAAAGGGCCUACCUUCGUGGCCUUCUUAGGACUGAGGUUCUGAAGCUGAUCUCCACUCAGCCUUUACUCUGCUGUUCCCCUUGCUGCUUUUUUGACAGUUAAUCUGCAAGUACCCCUGAUGCCAAGCCUUUUGAUCAAUGGGACGGGAGACGCCAUGUGUCCAGAAGGCCUGACCGUGAAUUCUCAAGGGGGCUAGGAAGUCAUUGCAUCUUGUGAUUUGGCAUUGCAAAUCCAGCUUCCUCCAGUCGGUCCCUUUCCCCCUUCUUGGGACCCCCACUUCCCAAAUUCACAGGCAGCGCAUACGAUCCUAACACAUCUGGAAGGCAUUAGGUUGAGAAACACUGCACUAGCCAAACUCUUGCGUGCACUCUACUCCAUUCAUAAAAUACUUGUUUGCUUACCUCUGUGGAAACUUGGCAUCAUUUUGGGGUGAUGCUUGUCAUUGUCAGAGAUGGCUUUGAUGCAGAAAAUUGGACUUCUUAGCCAGGAAGUCUAGGACAUGCAUAUUAUCCCCAUAUAUGCACUUUGCCCCCAGUCAUAAAUUGCCUGCCCAUCCCCAGGGAUCCCUAUUUAUAGAGACAAGGUCACACGGUAUCUGGGGUGACAGACUGUUUGGCUCCACUGGGAGAAGACUUCAUUGCUUGGGUUUUUUUCCAGAGGAGGAAAGCAGACUAUUGGGGUGUGGUAGAAAUGAAAUCUAACUCCGAUUUAGGGAUUUUUGCCUGAUCCUUGUGUUUUCUUUCAAGAACAGAACUAGCUGAUUUGGUCUCAGACCUUGGCAGGAAGGGCCACUGAAUGUUAAAACCAGGCUGAUGCCUUGCCCCUCCCAUCCUCCUCAACUUCCUGUCCUGCACAGAUGUGGACCAGCAUCUCUUAUCUCACAGCUGAAGAUGCUGAGAGCUGUGGUUGAACACAUCUGGGAAAUACCACAUUUGAGAAGGCUGUGCCUGCAGUCAGAAAGUUCGAGCAAGACAUAACAUGCUGCUCUUUAUCAAGUAUAUUGCAAGACGUACAUGUGGGUCUUUAUCAGAGGAAGCAACAUCUGCGGCAGCAGGCUUCCUGCUGAACGGGAAGUGGGGCGGCUUGAGCCUUCGGUCCUCAGCUGUUCAUCUAUUUCAAAAUGCUCAGAUGCUUCCCUUUCUUGCUUCCUAGGAUUAGGAGCUGCAGGGAUCCACCUCUUACUUUUCUGGGAGCAAAGUAGCUGGGGAUACUUUGGGAAGAUGGGAAAGAGAUUUUGAAUGGAUAAAAAUAACACAUCCUUUCCCCUCAUGGCUUCUACAGCUGUUUUAUUGGAGGGAAAAAAACAUCUUCAGGAUGUGUAUGUAUAUGGAGAGGGGAGGGGGAUCAGAGCAGAAUUACAUAUACAGGAAGCCCCAUUGACAUCCCCAGGAGCUGCUAGGUUGCGCCAAGCAGUAAUGAUGGGUAUGGCUCAGAUGAGAAGAAGGAGGUCCAUGGAGGUUGGCUGGGAAUACUGCUAAAAACAUCUGAAGCACAGGGGCUGCUAAAUAUUCAACACUUUCUUCUCUCAAGCAAUGCUGUUACUUACCAGUUAAAAAAUGAAUUAACUCAGUCUUAACCAUGCCAGCUCAAUCACUUGUAUCCCUCAGAGCUUGGCUUUUAAAAGUAUUACAGAAACCAGUUUAGUUUACAUCAGCUUUGCUAGCCUAGCAUGUUCUGAAUGCACUGGAACACAGCUUCCCUAACUCCGAAUCAGCAUGGCCAUAGACAGAGAGAAGUUGUGGGUUUUGUAGUCUAGUGCACCUGAGGGGCGAAGCUGUUUUACAUCUUAACCAUGCAGGGCUAGAGUUUUCUCACUUGUGAAUGGUACACACUUAGAGCUUGGUACACAUUUCACCAUGUAUUCUCAGGCUCCUUUCUAUUGGUGAAGGCGGGCGGGUGCCAA